UGGUGUUUGGUCGUCCAGGAGGAUUACAGACUGGCAGCGCAAUAUAUCACAAAUAUAAUUUGUCUCUUACACUUUUUGAAUCUACUUUUGGAGUCCCAGCUGUUGUGAUCUAUUUAGACCCGUUUUUCCAAAGCAAAGUUUUCUCCAUGAGUAUCCAGUCCGCGCGCAGCAGCACUUGAUCUCGGCGGGGAAGCGGAGAAAAGGAAGAUGACCAUUCACGUCGAGGGUCUCGUGGCUAUCGUGCUCUUCUAUGUCCUGAUUCUGUUUGUGGGGAUCUGGGCUGCGUGGAAGAAUAAGAACUCUGGAGUUGGCGAUGGCUUAGAUCGGAGCGAGAAUAUCAUGGUUGGGGGAAGGGACAUCGGCUUUUUCGUUGGUGGAUUUACGAUGACCGCCACUUGGGUGGGAGGGGGCUACAUUAAUGGAACAGCAGAAUAUGUCUACCUCCCAGGCUUCGGCCUGGCCUGGGCACAGGCACCCUUUGGUUAUGCUCUCAGCCUUGUACUAGGGGGGCUUUUCUUUGCCAAACCCAUGCGAUCACGUGGAUAUGUGACCAUGCUAGAUCCCUUCCAGCAGCUAUAUGGAAAAAGGAUGGGUGGUCUGCUGUUCAUCCCUGCACUCAUGGGAGAAAUCUUCUGGUCUGCAGCCAUUUUGUCCGCUUUGGGUGCGACUCUCAGUGUGAUAGUGGAUAUAAAUAUCAACAUGUCUGUGGUGAUCUCAGCACUGAUAGCCAUCUUCUACACACUUGUUGGAGGACUUUACUCUGUUGCAUACACAGAUGUGGUCCAGCUCUUCUGUAUCUUUCUGGGUUUGUGGAUCAGUGUGCCUUUUGCUCUGUCCAAUCCUGCCGUGUCAGACAUCGGUGUUACAGCCAAGAAAACAAUCUAUCAAUCUCCUUGGCUCGGGAAGAUUGAGCCUGAAGACAAUUGGCUCUGGGCGGACAACUUCUUUUUGCUUAUGUUGGGGGGGAUUCCCUGGCAGGUCUAUUUUCAACGGGUUCUUUCUGCUUCUUCAGCUACCUACGCCCAGGUCCUUUCAUUCCUUGCUGCCUUCGGUUGCUUGGUCAUGGCUGUCCCCUCUGUCCUCAUAGGAGCUAUAGGGGCUUCCACUGACUGGAACCAAACUACAUAUGGUUCCCUCCCUCCAAAGGAUAAGGAUGAGUCUGACAUGAUCCUUCCUAUAGUGCUUCAGCACCUCUGCCCACCGUACAUCUCCUUCUUUGGUCUGGGGGCUGUGUCAGCUGCGGUCAUGUCAUCAGCAGACUCAUCCAUACUCUCAGCCAGCUCCAUGUUUGCCAGGAACAUUUAUCAGCUGGCGUUUCGGCAGUCGGCCUCAGAUCGGGAGAUUGUUUGGGUGAUGCGCCUCACCAUCUUUGUGUUCGGAGCUCUGGCCACUGCCAUGGCAUUGUUAACAGGAUCAGUAUACGGCCUGUGGUACCUGAGCUCUGAUCUGGUCUAUGUCAUCAUAUUCCCCCAACUUCUCAGUGUACUGUUCGUUAAGGGCACCAACACCUAUGGUUCUGUGGCUGGUUAUAUCUUUGGUCUUCUGCUGCGCAUUGGUGGAGGGGAGCCCUACCUCAAACUACCUCCAUUCAUCUAUUACCCCGGCUGGGUGACCCAGGAGAAGGUCCAUCACCUCACUGGAGAUGUAGAGCACUUUGUCCAGCAGAGGUUCCCCUUCAAGUCUGUGUCCAUGGCGGCAUCCUUCUUGGCCAAUGUGUUUUUUUCUUACCUGACAAAGUAUCUAUUUGAAAGUGGUAUGCUGUCACAUAAGUACGACUUCCUGGAUGCUGUUGUUUCCAAGCACAGCAAGGAGAUAAUGGACAAGGCAACACUGGUAAGCAACCAUGAUAACAUAAUUCUUUCAGAGAUGGCUCCUGUCAGGCAGGUCUUGGGUGCCUCACUUGCUGGGACCUUUACCAACACGGAGGUCCUCAGUGAUGAUGGGGCAUCUAGUCCAGAGGCUUUUCACAAUGAAGAUUAGACAUUUAAGGCACAAAGUAAACUAGAACCAAGGAAUGUAAAGAAGAAGGAACAGUCAAAAGAGGCAUCAAUAUUCUUCAGGAAAAUUACUACUGCCACACUGGGAGCCAAAUCAACAGAGCAUCUGCUGUGGCUUUCAAGUGACUCCAAAAGUUUCUGACGGCAAUAUGGUGCCUCCUUCUUUUUGAGAUUCCUUGCCUAGAAACAGCAAACGGACUCAAUCAUCUGUGCGAAUCAUGCCACACUCAUUCUUGUGUUUUCUUAUCACGACUCUGUGAAACUUCAACCAUUUUCAUUUAAGUGCUGCUAUAGUGAUCGGAGGAACUUUGGAUGGAUGUACAGCAGGCCUAUAUGAGCAAGUCUACAAGGAUUUGUUGUGGAUCAUGAAAAUAGUGCAAUAUCUAACCAAGAAACUGUGUCCACAUCUACAAGUCAUCAUUUAAAGCAUAAUAUACAUAAGUUCGUUUACAUGCACCUGACAACUAAGCUUUUAUCAUACUUUGAGUUUCAUGUAGAACAACGUUAUUGAUAGAGCAAUAAUAUUUUUAGGACCCACGUUGUACAGCUAGAUACAUUUGACUAAAUUUCAUUUUUACCAUGUCUUGUUUAAACCUGAAGACCAGUAGAUGUUUGCAAGUUUUAUGUUCUGUUUUCAGCUCGAUUUAAUCUUCUUGCUGAAGUCCAUAAUUAUAUAACCAAACCCUGACUUUACCAAAUAGAAGAUACUGACUAAAUCAGCAAAAUCCCAAACAGCGUUCCAUAAAAACAUUUUUUUCAUUCACUGCCAACACUUAGCAAGCUAACUACCAUCUUUGUUGUAUUGACAAGAUUACACUAAACAAAAGAGAUCAAUGAGUGACAGCAUAAGAAGAAUUCAUUGUGGGGGUGUUUUAUAGAUACAGGGCAAAAUUAUCAUUCAUUUGAAUGCAAUGGGUGGCUCAGUGGUGUUGUGGUUAACACGCUCGCCUUACACCCGAAAGAUCACCAGUUCAUAACUGGGAGGAGACACAAAGCCAGCCUCAGGAGGUCACAAGCUAGUGUACUCCCACUAUUUUGACCCAAGUCCCUACCCGGAUAAAUGGCAGGGUGUCGUCAGGAAGGGUGUCCACUGUAAAAAUCCAUGCCAAAUAAAAUAUGCGGAUACAUCCUCUGUGGUGGAACUAAGGGAGCCACCGAAAGUACCUAUCCAUGAGAUUAAUGAAGCUUCUGCUCAGCUCUGUUUUGAUCUUUGCUAUUCUUGUCAGUACUGACGAGUCCCUAAAGUUACAACUUUAUUGUAAUUUAACCCAAUCUCUUUAAUGUGAGCUGAUGUGAACUAAAACAGUGAGUAAAACGACAACAAUAGUCUGGAGCACAAAAGAGUGGUUCUGAGCUCGGUGAUGUAGUCAUUUGAUCCAGUAUUUAUUCUAAAAUAAAGUUUGAUGGUCACAGGGAGACAUAAAGAAUGAUCAUAAGCUUCCUGCUACUGACACUAAAGUUCUGCACUGAACCUAAAUUGUGUGCUGCUGAAUCAUCAUGAAUCAGAGUAAUUAGACAGGAGCUCUGACUUUAUUACACGCCACCCCGUGACCUUUCUUUCCCUUUGUACUUUCCAGGCAGCCAUUGUCUUCCCUUCAUUUCAAUGCAUUAUGAAAAUCAAUUUGCUAUUGUUGUUUUUGUCAAACAUACAAUGGGAAUACAUCUUUAAACUACCAUUCAUUUACAGCUGGAAUGGUAACACUGACACCAGUAAAAGCACAUGAUGUUCAUUUUGCAAACAGAUUUUAUAAAUGACUGGAACCUAAUAGCAGCCUGGAAAUAAAUCUCAAUGCAAGACGCGACAGUGAACUUUGAAAGUAAUCAAGAACACUUCAGUGAUUUUUAUUUUUAACAUGAACUCACAGAAGCCAUUUUGAAAUAUGUGUGUGUGUG